UUCUCCAUGGGCGGAUUGUCGUUAAGGAAAGAUUCUCUGUAUGACCCACUCUCUGGCUUUUUCUCUCGCUUACUUAAAAUAGUAAUCAACUUAUUGGAGAAGCGAGAUAUCAUGUGGGCAUAGAGAGAGAGAGAGCGCUUGUGCCAUGGAUAACGUUAGGGAAGUGGAAUCGGCUCCACAUGAGGCCUUGUUCUUUUCUCUCAGGUAUCUGAGCUUGCCGGAUCUUCUUACCAUUCAGAGGGUCUGCAAAUCUUUCAGAGAAGCCAUUAAUGGCGAUCCUCUGAUUUGGAGGAGCAUAAGAGUAGAAAACCCAAUAAGCAGGAAUCUCAGAGACGAUUACUUGCUAAAGCUCACUGCCAAAGCACAGGGACAAUUGACAUCUUUGACCCUAGUAGGGUGCUGGAGAAUCACAGAAGAUGGGCUUUUGCAAGUGAUAAGGAGUAAUCCUUUUAUAACCAAGCUCUGUGUACCGGGAUGCACCUGCCUAUCCCCUGGAGGCUUGGUGAAACUGGUGGAGGGUGGUGGGUUGCCUCGGCUGAGGCACCUCUCGUUACAUGGUCUCUACAACAUAACCCAUGAACACCUCCACCGCCUCAACUCUCUCCUCAGCCCAAGGAACCAACCACUAUCACAAAGAAGUAGGCGAAGGCUCUAUGGCGUACAAAACAUGGCAAUAACAGAUGGCAAUGAGGACACUCAUCAAUCACUUGAUAUCGAGAUUUGUCCUAAGUGUAAGGGCACAAGGUUAGUAUUUGAUUGCCCUAGGGAUGGUUCAUCCCAUGAGUGUCGGGGUUGCAUUUUUUGCAUCCCUCGGUGCGAGGAGUGUGGGCAAUGUCUCUGUCCUGAUGAAAUCGAAAUGACAUUUUGCGCCGACCUCUUAUGCCCGCCUUGCUGGCUCAACCUCCCCAAAUGUUUACUUUGCAACCGUCCAGGGUGUGCCCGCCAUGCUGGGCCCCAUGCUAGAAGCCCUGGUGCACAUUUUGUGUGCGAGUCAUGCCACUAUCACCAAACUUCUCUGCUUUUGUGAGACACCUUAACUCAAGACACCUGGAUACUUGUUUACGAUGUUAGGGCUUGAAUACCAUCAUUGGCACUACCCGCUACAUCAGGGCUGUGAAUCAUACUACUCUCUAACUACGGCAUUACUGGUGCUCUCUCUCUCUCUCUCUCUAUCUCGCUCUCUCUCUCUUGCCCCCCCCCCCCCCCCCCUCUCUCAGAGGGGCAGGAACCAUGUGGCUCCCUUCCUGGAUAUAGCUUCAUGUUGUUGGUUGAAGUGACAUGGCAGCGACAUAAUAGUGGUGGCUGCAAUGCGCAAUGCUGGUGGUGGUUAUGGUGGCAGUAGCAGUGAUGGAGGCAGUGGUGUGGCGGCCACAAUUAUGCUGUUAUGGGGGGCGAGGGGUAGUUGUGAAGAAGGAUCUUUUCCCACAGCAAAUCUUUAGAUAUGUCUUACCACAUUCUAAACUUAUGUUCUAAUUCCCAUCUUAUAUUGUUCAAUUUGAUGUGUAGUUGGGCCGAGAAAUGGUGUCCAACCAUGCCCCUUACAGUUCUAUAUCUUGCAAGGUCCUGUAUGGCAGAAUUAUCGCAAUGGAGCACCGAAACACUGCAUUAAUUGUUGAUAUGUUUUGCAUGGUU